GGCCGAGCUGUCACUCACUGCUGGGCGGUGACAAGAACAGCACUAACUGGGGACGCUCUCUGCUCGUCACGUUUUUUUUAUAUCUUGGAAAAAAGUGAAGUUUUACCAAACACUAGAAAACCCCCAAGAUCCGAUCCCGAUUCUGCUACGCCGAAUUCCAUGAAUGAAAACCCUUAAAGAAACGGAGUAAAAAAAAAAGAAUCACAACAAGGUGGGAUGGACCGGUCUUCCUGUGGAUUUGAUUAACAAGCUUGUAGCUUACAGCAGCUGAAGUAUAACUGUUCACAGAGCACUUACUCUGGGGAGCUGAGGAAAUGUUGAGGAUGAAGUGAAAGACAGAGAGACGUGGAAGGAUCCUGGUUCUGUGUACAAGGUUUUGUACCAUCCCUGAUGAGAACCAAAAGAGGCCGCAACGAUCGUCUGGGGUAGUCAUUUUCCUUGUUCAGAGGAGGAUUUCCUGGUAUUAUGGGGCUGCCCUGACCUUGUUAGGCGGGUUCAGACUGAUAUACUUCAAGAGAGUUCUCCUCUGUAAAAAGCAGAAAUGGACUAAAUGAGGCUGCUCCCAGGUGGUAAUCGGACCAUAGAACAAGCCACUGAGCUGGUGUUUGUUCCUGGGAGAACUUCUCUUUCUAUUUGUAUGUGAAGUACUCAGCUGAAAGAAGCGUUUGCACUGACGCAACCUCAGGAAAGCCGAAGAUGGCUGCCAAGCGGAAAGGCGGCCUGAAACUAAAUGCGAUCUGUGCCAAACUGAGCCGGCAAGUGGUAUCAGAACAGGGGACAGAAUUUGGGGAUGCAGAACUGGCGCCCCUCGAAAACAGCAGCGAUAGAGAAGGAGAGCAGGUACAGGAAGCAGACCCCACAGACAGUUUGAAUGCUGAGUAUAGGGCUGCAGAGGAGGAUAAGCGGCGCAGAGAAGUAAUAGAAAAAUGGGUCAACGGGGAAUAUACGGAAGAUGCGCCAGAAAGGAUGAGCAGGAUUUGUAAGAGGAUAGGAGUGGCCGAGCUUCCCCCUGAAGGCGUCUACAUGGUACAACCUAAGGGAUGCAGCGAUGAAGAAGACAACCAUGAAGAAUCACGUGUCCCCCAAGGCAGCAGAUACCAAGAGGAAAGAGAUACAGAGAGAGCUCCCUCAAAGGAUGUGCCCGAAGCAACUACUAAACCGACCUCAGGGGCAGCAGCGUCAGGAGAAGCCUCGUCUUUACGUGAUUAUGCAGCCAACACUAUGAGCGAAUUUCUUGGGAUGUUCGGGUAUUCUCAGCAUAACGUACGGGAUGAGCUGGCAAAGAAGAUCAGUUUUGAAAAGCUCAAUGCUGCUACCUCAGAGUCCCCAUCUACAGAGGAUUCACUCAGCAAGCGAGCCAGAUUCUCUAAAUACGAGGAGUACAUCAGGAAGCUGAAGGCUGGAGAGAACUUGACCUGGCCACCGCAAGUGACUAAGUCUGAAGAGCAGAAUUCCAAAACAUUGCAAGUCAAGGAAGGUGUAACUCAGCAGCAAGCUCCACAGCCGCUGUCUGUCAGGACACUUGGACAUGAAACAACCAUUGUACAGGAGCCAAAAGCAGCAGUUCUACCCAUGUUGACAACAAGCAGCUCCCACAUACAGGGCUUGAUGUCCAGAGCUUCCAAAUAUGACUUCUUCAUCCAGAAGCUCAAAACAGGAGAGUCCAUAAAACCACAAAAUGGAAACACCUACAAAAAGCCCUCGAAAUAUGACCUGGAGAAUGUCAAAUACUUGCACCUUUUUAAACCAGGCGAUGGGAACCAAGACAUGGGGGGUUCUAUUGCUUUCAAAACAGGAAAAGUGGGGCGUCCAUCCAAAUACGAUGUGCGCAACAUCCAGAAGCUCACUCCAAUAAAAGCAGCAGUAGUUGUUCCAAGCCUGACCACAGGUCCUCUCGCAAGCACUCCCACGAACCCUGUGCCAGCUGCCGAGCAGCCUGUGACGCUGGCAUUUAACACUCCUGAAUAUCUGAAAUCUACUUUCUCCAAGACUGACUCCAUUACAACAGGGACUGUGUCCACAGUAAAGAAUGGACUUCCCCCAGACAAGCCCCCAGAAGAUGUAAAUAUUUACCAGAAAUAUAUUGCCAGAUUUUCAGGCAGCCAACACUGUGGACACAUUCAUUGUGCAUAUCAAUACAGGGAGCAUUACCACUGCCUGGACCCCGAGUGUAACUACCAGAGGUUCACGAGUAAGCAGGAUGUGAUUCGACAUUAUAAUAUGCACAAGAAACGCGACAACUCCCUUCAGCACGGCUUUAUGCGUUUCAGCCCGCUGGACGACUGCAGUGUGUACUACCACGGCUGUCAUCUAAAUGGGAAAAGCACACACUACCACUGCAUGCAGGUGGGCUGCAAUAAAGUUUAUACCAGCACCUCGGAUGUCAUGACACACGAAAACUUCCAUAAGAAAAACACACAGCUGAUAAAUGAUGGCUUCCAGCGCUUCCGAGCUACUGAGGACUGUGGGACAGUGGAAUGUCAGUUCUAUGGACAGAAAACCACUCACUUUCACUGCAGGCGACCAGGCUGCAGCUUCACCUUUAAGAAUAAGUGUGACAUUGAGAAGCACAAGAGUUACCACAUAAAAGAUGAUGCGUACGCAAAAGACGGGUUUAAAAAGUUCUACAAGUAUGAGGAAUGCAAGUAUGAGGGCUGUGUGUACAGCAAGGCCACAAAUCACUUUCACUGUAUUCGUGCCGGCUGUGGCUUUACAUUUACUUCCACCAGCCAGAUGACCUCGCACAAGCGCAAGCACGAAAGGCGGCACAUACGCAGCUCUGGCGUGCUGGGCCUCUCUUCUUCCCUGGUUGGUGGAAAAGAUAAUGACUUGGAGGAGUCCAGCAACGAUGAUCUCAUUGACUUCUCUGCUUUGAGCAGUAAGAACUCUAGCUUGAGUGCCUCUCCCACCAGUCAGCAGUCUUCCGUAUCCUUGGUACCUACUAUUUCUGAGGCUUCAUCUCCCCAGACAAACAAAUCCACCAGCUCCAUUCCACCCACCACCAAGAUCUCCGGCUUGCUCCCACAGACACUUCCGGCUAACUUGCCCUUGGCAUUAGCCCUAACUAGCUCAGCCCUCCCUGGACCCGGUACAUACUUUCCAAUUAUAAGUGGGCGCGCAGGCACCGCAAUGCCAAUCAACGCCACCAAUUUAUUACCAGUAGCUGCCCCAGACGCCUCCCCACAAUCUGCUUCCGGGGCCAGCGAACAAAAUAGCACUUCACCAGCCGCCACAUCUAUUAUGGAGCGAAUUUCUGCUAGCAAAGGUUUAAUUUCUCCUAUGAUGGCAAGAUUGGCCGCUGCAGCCAUAAAACAGACUCCCUCCGCUGAAGCAGGUAAUGGACAACUCUCUGGUGCUCCCAGUGUAGGAACUGGCAAAGCAGAUCUUAGAGAUACAACGGGGACCCCCCCUCUAAAUAACUCCCAGGAGUACAGCCUGGACCUGAGGGUGAACAGCGGUGAGUCCAAUGGUCAGGAUGGUGCCUCAGAUACGAAUCUUCAUCAGCCCCUCACACAUAAGAUGCCACUGUCCAACUCACAUUCAGUAAAUGUGCCGAACCUGAAAGCAGAUGCCGACAGCAGCGACUCUGGUGCCGGAGAUUCCACUCAUUACCUUGGCAAAGUGAUGAAGGCUCUUGCCCAGGAGAAGCACAUGGAGCCCUGGAAAACAUAUCUGCGCAGGUUUGGUCCGGCAGACGUGUGUGACCCUCAGUGUGACUUCUUGCACAAGCUGCACUUUCAUUGUGUCGUGGAGGAGUGUGGAGCUCUAUUUAGCACUCUGGACGGCGCCAUAAAACAUGCCAACUUUCACUUUCGGACUGUUGCGGGGAAUUCCAUAGGCAGCCCUGACGUCUCUUUUAUUGGUGAUACCAAAAUCUCCUCUAUACCAUCUCCACCACCACUGUCCUCCACCCUGGUGACCAGCUGUGAGGUGCCCACCCCCUGCUCUGCUGCUGUGCCAUCAGCUCCCACUGUUCAGGCAUGGAAACACCUGGCAUCUUCCAUCCCACAUAUCCCACAAAUACCAACCUCAGUGCCCAGCCUCGCGUCCUCCCCUAUGGCAACAACCUCCCUAGAAAAUGCAAAACCUCAAGUCAAGCCGGGAUUCCUGCAAUUUCAGGAGAAUGAUCCAUGUCUAGCAACAGACUGUAAAUAUGCAAACAAAUUCCACUUCCACUGUCUCUUCGGGAACUGCAAAUAUGUGUGUAAAACGUCAGGCAAAGCUGAAUCUCACUGUCUCGACCACAUCAACCCUAACAACAACCUAGUGAACGUGCGAGACCAGUUUGCAUAUUAUUCGCUGCAGUGCCUGUGCCCCAACCAGCAUUGUGAAUUCAGAAUGAGAGGUCACUAUCACUGUCUCCGCCCCAGUUGUUACUUUGUCACUAAUAUCACCACCAAGCUGCCCUGGCACAUCAAAAAGCAUGAAAAGGCUGAACGGCGAGCAGCAAACGGCUUCAAAUACUUCACUAAGCGCGAAGAAUGUGGCAGAAUGGGGUGCAAAUACAAUCAAGUCAACAGCCACUUCCAUUGCAUUCGGGAGGGAUGCCAGUUCUCCUUCCUGCUGAAGCACCAGAUGACAUCACACGCCCGCAAGCACAUGAGGAGGAUGUUGGGGAAAAAUUUUGACCGGUUGCCUGGCCAGGUCAUCUCCCACACUUCUAGAAGUGACAGCGUAUCCCAGUUGGGCAGCACAGCACCUAGCCCAUCCUCUACAGAGAACCCCUCUUCCUUUCAGACCACUCCCCAGAACAUGAUGGACACCGAGACAGAUGAAUACAUGGACUACACUGGGGCCGGCAGCCCGGGCGGGAUGUCAUCGGAAUCCUCAAACCUCGACCGUAGCUGCUCCAGUACUCCUGUUGGAAAUGAAAGCUCCGAAGCAGGCUGCCUGGUCCCUACUGCUUCUGGCGACGCUCUCACUCACAAUGCACCUCCACCACCACCUCAAGCAGCGGCUCUUCCUCAUGCGCCUUCCUUUCCUCCUGCCUUUGUAAGGGCCCCCCUUUCUUCCCUCCCUUACCUGCUCUCUCCAUCCUGUGUCUCAUACUCCCUGCUCACUGCCAGCCUGGGGGUCAGCAGGGGCAUUGUGCUGCCAAGCAACAGCGCUCCAACUUUCACACCAGUAGUAACCACUUCUACUCCAGUCAAAAGUGAUGUCCCUCUAGUACAGGAUGCAGCAGGAAAUACGAUCACUAUGCCAACAGCUUCCGGAGCAAAGAAGAGAUUUUGGAUUAUUGAGGACAUGUCACCUUUUGGUAAACGGCGUAAGACGGCUUCCUCACGCAAAAUGCUGGAUGAAGGGAUGAUGCUGGAGGGAUUCAGGCGCUAUGAUCUAUAUGAAGAUUGCAAGGACUCAGCCUGUCAGUUCUCCCUGAAGGUCACCCACUACCACUGCACUCGGGAGAACUGUGGCUACAAGUUCUGUGGUCGUACACACAUGUAUAAGCAUGCCCAGCACCAUGACAGAGUGGACAAUCUUGUUCUUGAUGACUUUAAACGCUUUAAGUCCUCCCUCAGCUGUAACUUCCCUGACUGUCAGUUCUCGGGCAAUAGCACACACUUUCACUGCUUGCGCUGUGGCUUCCGCUGUACAGAUAGCACCAAAGUGACAGCCCAUCGCAAACACCAUGGGAAGCAGGAUGUCAUCAGUGCUGCUGGCUUCUGCCAGUUCAGUUCCAGCACGGACUGUGAUGUAGCUGAUUGCAAGUACAAGCUCAAGUGCUCUCACUUCCAUUGCACUUACCCCAGCUGCAAGCACACUGUUGUUGGGAUGUCCCAAAUGGACUCACACAAGCGCAAACAUGAGAAGCAGGAGAGAGGGGAAAUUCCAUCUGUCUCUCCUGGCCCUGAAGGCCUAGGUCAUGCUGGCUCUGAGUACGAUCUACAAAACCAACCAGUAAGCUUGGACAGCUCUCUCAAUUUGAGCACAGACACUCACAGUUCCCUUUUGUUUUUGCAAAAUGCAGUGGGAGUGGGGUUGAAUGAUUCACUGGACCUCAGCAAAAAGCCACAAGAAGUGGCUGAUUCUGGUUCUAGAAAAGAGUUUCAAAACAGUUUGGCAGCAAACUCUGCAGAUGCAGAUGAUGAUAUGUCUCAAGAAGAUGAUGAUGAUGAUGAUGUUGAUGAAGAUGAUGAUGAUGACGACGACGAAGAGGAUGAUGAUGAGGAUGAAGAAAUGAAUGAAGAGGAGGAUGAUGAUGAUCUAAACACAGAUUCAGAUGAUUCUUUGCCUGACGGAGAGUGCUUAAGAAGCAAAGCAGGCGAGGAAAGUGUUGGUAAUCCCACAAACCACUGUGUCCCCUCCCAAGCUCCUUUAGACCUACAAACAUCCCCUUAAGUCCAGACUGAAUGUUUUAUAUGUCAUCCACACUGAGGGUCAUGCUCUCUCCACCAACGUGGAAAAAAAACAAAAAGAACAAAUCAAGUGAAGGAAUAGAGGCCUAAAUGUCUUCUGUACAAAGCACCAGACCCAGUAAAAUGAAUUAGGGGGUCAUUUUUUAGCAGACCCUUCAAUCGAAUGGAUCACGUCUGGUGCUUGCAAGCAGUGUGAUGAAGCAUACUUUGUGUGCAGCUCUUCACAAGUUGAAGUUCUUCUGUUUCUUUCCAUGCCCUGACAUAAGAAAAGUUGUAACAAAUAGAAGAGAAAAUGGGGUACUAGUUAUCCCUCCCCCCAGCAUCACAGAAUGGGACCUUUGUGGUGCUGAAAAAGAAGGGGUCAGCGGGCAGGGUUUAUGGGUAUUUAUUGACUAGCAUUAUAGGGUGCCCAAUACUGAGGCUCUCUGUCUUGUUCUUCCAGUUUCUCUCUGGGUCACUCCCGGGAAGCUUAUGUUUAUUUUAUAAAUAUUUAUAUAGAAAGCUUUCCUCAGCACCAACUGCUCCAGUUAUUUAUUUAUUUGGAAUUGUUCUUGCAUAAUAAAGGGGAUGUAACUUAUGUGCUCGGCCUGGAGUGCCUCACAGAUUGUGCAGGUCCUUUCUACCCCAUAGGACACACUGUUGCUGCUUGUUGACACUUGGUGAGGGUAAAGCUGUGUCAUAAGAGGUGGGAUGACCUGUAGCAUCUUCAGAGGAGGUUUCUUCAUCAAAAAACAAACAACUAUUGCUCAGGGGCCAACAAGGCCACAACUUUCUGUAAGCUGAGCCUCGCUGUCUGUGGCCAGCUUCACCAACUUCCUCAACAUCAGGCAGCAGGAUACUGUGCACUGGAAAUGAAAAGUCUGGGGGUCAUAUGUUUCACUUCAGAACAGCAAGUAUAGCACAGAAUGUCCUCUCUCAGGUAGAAUACCACUCAAUGAAGACGCUACUUUCUAAGGGCCCAGUGGGAGGGUGUAAUUGUUCUAAAUUGCAACAUUAUGGUUUGACAUAAGUGUAGGGUUUGGUUUCCUCACUAGACGGGGUAACACUAACUUUUUAUUCCAGUGAAGCCAAGUUUCCUGCCAAAGGCUAACCAUUCUUGAGUGUUAAAUUUGGACGUCUAACGUCUGUGUUUUGGAGGCAUAACUAUAUAUACCAGGAACACUACAUGCCAACCCUAUUAGCUCCACACCAUGCAAGCGAUACGCAGGGCCCCAACCCACCUCUGUGUUUUCCGGAUUGUAUUUAUUACCCUGAACAAAGCAAACAGCAAAAAAGUUAGGAAAAAAAUAAAGAGCCUCAAGUGUUUGCAAUGAAUGAAUUGUGUCAGAGAGACAAGCAAAUAAUGAUUAAAGAUAAAAAGUUGUACAGUAUUUUUUCUGUAAAGGUUAUAUAUAGAACAAAAAAAAAAAACUAAUAAAAAAAAUAAAAUAAGCUUGCAAAAGGUGACUGGGCAUGUGUCCGAAUAUCUUCAGACACUCGCUGUAGUUCCGAUUCCCUGCUAUAAUCCUACUUGGUUUUUAACUUCUGAUUUUCUGGAGUCUGGAGGUUUGACUUCACUUUAGCACUGAAACGCGACUUUUAACUUGAAUUUUCUAGAAAAAUAACGUAAUGUUCAAAAUACUACAGAUUGUACUUGUCAGAUUGUUAAUAUAAGUUUGUAGCUAUAUAUUUAAUUUUGUGGGUUUUCCCUUCUCUCAAUCAGUUACAUGCGUGAAUUUUUUUCAGUUAGAGGUUUUUAUUUUACCCCCUCUUCUCUAAUUUUCAUUUUUUGUUUGUUAUCUGUGAGAUGAGUCUGGGAAAUAUACCUUUUUGCAGCUGUAGGAGAACUUGGUAUCAGUAUGCUUUUUAUACAACAGGAUCUCUAAACAGUUUUAAAAGCAAAUAUAGCACUUCCAAGUAACGCAACAUGAGACGUUAGAAAGGGUGUACUGUGAUUUAAAAACAUAUAUAUAUUAUUCUAUCAGUCAUGAGGAAUUAUCCACUUUCUCGGGCUGCCCAAAAUGUUAAUCUUAUUAGAAAAUACGAAAAUGAAUAAAGAAAAUCCUAACACAAGCUGCAAGCAGAGAAGCUGUUGAAAAUGUUACUACCUGGUAGCAAUAAAUGUCUACACAGAUUGUUACCAUCCAGUAGUAAAAUAUACAAAUGCAGCAGAAUCUAGAUUGUGUAAGAGGCUUUAUCCUACACUUAACACUAAAAACAAACACAAAAGCCUCACAAAAGCAGUUUACUUAUAGCAUGUUAAGGAAAGGCAGAAAAAAAUGUAGCAAAAACAUACAAAAUAAAUAAAGAAAUAAAGGAACAGGAAAAAAUAAAUGAAGAAACUAUCAAGUUGGAUGAUUUUCUAAUUUUGGUAUUGCACAGUAGGACUUAAGCCAUCUCCAACUCAUCUGCAAAUAUAAUGUGUCAUUUUAUUUUUUUAUCUUAUGUUGAAAGAAAACUAAGGGUUAUUUUCCGCACCCUGGCUGAUAACUGUUUACUACGUAUAUCGGACGCUGUGUCCGUAUAUAGGUAUAGGCACGUGUAUAUAGCUGUGAGUAUGUAUUUGAACACAUACACACAGAUAUAUAGACUUCUGCAUUAAACAGCCAGGUAUGAAUGAGUUCCUCAAAAUACUUGAAUUGGACUUUCCCACAUCACUAAGAACUGAAUAUUUUUCCACUUGAAUUUAGUGCUGUUAGAAAUUUAAUAUAUGUGUUUAUUUAUUUGAUUUGAUUUUUUUUUUCUUUUUUGCAUGACUGAUGCAACGUUUGCCAUUUUCACUCAAUAAAAACUGGAAAAAAUA